GGACGACUGCGUAGCGGCGUUGCCAGGUCUACCCUCAUCGCAGGCAUCGUCUCUAUCCUUUCCUCUUUUUCUACACCGUCUGCCUCGGUUUACAAACAGCCUAUCAAACAUGUCUAUGCUGGCUUGUUCUAUCUGUUUUGAAGAUCUGAAAGAUCCCGUGUCGAUUCCAUGCGGGCAUAUAUACUGCGAUAGAUGUGUGAAGGAAUAUAUCCAGUCCUCGCAAGACCCCAUGAAAGCAUCUUGCCCGACCUGCAGGACCGAAUUCCACAUCGUGUCUCCCGAUCGCAACCUCGUCCCCGAAAAAUGCCAUCCUUUCCUCAACACAUCCGUCCGGCGCAUCUACAUCGAGACACCAGUCCUCAAGCCAUACCUCGAAAGAAUCGCCCAGCUCGAAACACGGGUGACCACACUCACGGAAUCUAACGCUGGCCUAUCGACUCGCGUUACCUCAUUGAGCAAAGACAAGGCCAGUUUGAUGGAUAGAUGCGAGGCCGCGAUGGAGGCGAACAGAGUCAUGGGACUCAAGGAAAAAGAGGCGAGGGGGAGGGCUGAGGAGGUGAAUGGGAAGUACGAGCAGAUGAAGGCGAAGUAUGAGGAUAUGAAGCAUAAGUAUGAGCAGGCAAAGCCGGCGAACGCUGACAGAACGCCCCCCAUGCCACAUACUACGUCGCGGUAUGUCCUCGCCGCAGCGUUGGAAAGUCGCAGAGCCUCCAAACGGAAGAUGCUCGACGAUGAUUCUGUUGCAGACGUGUCCGCCCGAGACCGCCUUCCUCUCCCACGCUUCAUGUGCAACGCAAAGCGCGCAAAACUCGAUGCAGAGGCCAAGCUCGCCUCUGGUAGCAGAACCCACCACGCACACCUUAGUUUCGCCACUGCACCGCGCCCGAUCACUGUCAAUGGUGUUCCCCACAUCAUCAGGCGGCCAUCGACUCAGCCCGAAGCCGGUCACCCACCGCGCCCAAUCACUGUGAAUGGCGCUCCCCACAUCAUCAGGCGUGCGCCAUCGUCCCAGCCCGAAGCCGGUCCAUCCACUCGGACUGAGACACCGCGUCUGCAGGCUCGAGGCAUUCCGCUCCCAUUGCCGCGUUUGCGGGUGAGGCGUGCCUCCCACCCCCUCCCACCACCCCCUCCACCUUUGAACCUUGCCCGUCUCCGUGAAGUCAUGUUAAACAAUGGAUUUUUAACCAAUGGAAGGGUUAUCGGAGGGGACAACGGCGCGUGAGAGAAACUGCGGCUACCUACGUACAGCCGUGAUGAUCCUGCCGACAACAACAUUCUCGGGGGAACUUGGUGGUUUUGCAAUGGCAGAUGAUUUUAGGGAUGAGUCGCCGGUGGUGGUUUGAUGAGGUAGACGGUGUAUAUCUAAUUGAUCUUGCGAGCAUUUCUUUUCGGUUUUCUCGGAUCCCGAACGACGGGAUGUGUGCUCUUGACAGUUGUACCUAUUGUUUCUCCUGCUUUGUACGAUAUUGUCUGCUGGUCCCAUUCAUAUAACUCCAAGAAUUCAAUAUCGUGUCUCUAGAAC